CCGCCUCAGCUCAGCAUGCGGUGGAGAAUUGGCCGAAGCUUGGCUUCUCUUCCUCAGGGAUCCGGGCCCUGGGGAGGGAGACUUAGUUAUCAGCGUUCAAGACUGGAGGAAUACGUGGAGAAUAUCUGUCGUAGCAGCCAAUCAAUUUCGACAUAGCCGACCAGUCAAAAACGGCAGCCCGACAGCGACACAGGUAUUCCAUAUUCGCUUCUUCGCUCCAACCAUCACCACCAAAAAAGAUCCCGCCAAUACUGGCGACGUUGUCAUUCAAAAAUGAAGAUCCAGAUACGCCUUCGGGCACCCAACGGACAGGCGCGUCUUGAGAUUGACGAUGAGUCCGCCGUGCAGGAUCUCAUCCCCCUAAUCAAGGCCGAGACCGGCCUAGAUACCUUCUCACUAAAAUAUGGCUAUCCGCUGAAAAACCUUGACACGACACAGUGCGCGACUGUGAAGGAAAUGCAGCUUCGAGGCGAAACCAUCGUUAUUGCUCCGGUCGAGCGUACACCCGCAUCAGCAGACGCUAAAGCUUCUACAGUAUCUGCCUCCGAACUGAAACCUUUCAUCCCCAAAAGGAUAGAACCAGAUGAGACAUCUCUAGAAUGGCCUGAGAAGGGUGGUUAUAUUAUCCUUCGAGUGAUGCCUGACGAUAAUAGCUGCAUGUUCACUGCGUUUGGAGGUGCUAUCGGGCUUGAAAAUCCGUCCUACAAACUGCGCCAGCAAGUGGCAGAGUAUAUUCUCAACCAUCCAGAACAAUACUCCAAAGCCAUCCUGGGAGACGAUCCUAUACGCUAUACCGAGCGGAUGAAACAGAUGGACACAUGGGGCGGCGCCAUUGAGCUCUCCAUUUUGUCCGACAUCUACUCGAUUGAGAUCAGCUCCAUAGAUGUCAAGUCACUGCGAGUUGACCGGUUUGGAGAAGGCAAGGAGAACCGUGUCAUCAUCCUCUAUUCGGGGAUCCACUACGACCGAAUCGCUUUUACCAUGGACCUAAGCUAUCCCGUCGAGGUUGACGUCACCAAGUGGCCCACCGGCGACGACGACGUUCUAGCCAAGGCGCGGGAUCUCGCGCAGAGGCUGCAGAACCUACACUACUACACAGACACGACAGAUUUCGUGAUAAAGUGCGAAAUCUGCAACUGGAUCGGCCAGGGGACACGCGAUGCAGCGAAGCAUGAGCGAGAGACCAAGCACAGUCAGUUUGGAGAAAUGAUCAUUCAGUAGUCAGUUUGCACAAGGCGGCUGGGUUUGCAAAUAUUACCGCCGCCGCUGAGGGGGGUCUGCACAUGGCGUUCUUGGAGGCCAUAUUCGGCGUUGCUCUAGCCACAUUCUUGGAUCAUACAUUGGUAGAGACAUUUAGACCUGAAUACCUAGGUGCACACAGCGUCACUUAAUUUUGGGAUUUGCACAGGGAAAUUGUAACUCUUUUUCCGAAGCCCGAAUUAAUUACCUAGAAACAUAAUCGAACAAGAGGAGUUCCAUUUGUA